GACAGACAGGGACAGGGAGACAGAGACAGAGACAGAGACAGAGACAGAGACAGGUUUCUACGAGUGGAGAGAGUGGAGUACGGGAACCCAAUGCCAGCUGCCAAUAUCAUGGAGAACCUCCAGCUACCCGCCCUGCAGGUGCCAGGGGAGCCCCAGGGAGCCCCGGAGGCCAGCCCGGUCUGGUCCAGCUCGUCCACGCCAACACUUCGUAGGCGGAGAUUUAAGAUGCGCAGGAUGAAGAACGUGCAGGAGCAAAGUUUGGAGGGGGGCUUGGCCCCGGAUUUAUCCAGCUCUUUGACCCCCGGUAAGGAGUUCUUACAGUUGCCGUCCAUCGAGAUAACACCAUCCAGCGAUGAGGACACUCCCUGGUCCAACUGCUCCACACCCAGCGCCUCACCCCGCCGCAAACGCUUCCUCCUCCGAAAGUGGCUUCGGGUGAGGGAGCGCAAACAGUGCAGUGAGAGCAGCAGUCAGCAGAGCAGCCAACAGAGCAGUCAUGAGGAUGAUUCAAGCCGGUUCCUGAGCCCCCGGGUACGGGAGGAGAGCACUGCCAGUAACUCCAACCGCAGCACGCCUGCCUGCUCCCCCAUCCUCCGCAAGCGGUCCCGCUCGCCCACCCCACAGAACCCAGACGGAGACACCAUGGUGGAGAAGGGCUCGGACCACUCCUCGGACAAGUCCCCGUCCACACCCGAGCAGGGGGUGCAGCGCAGCUGUUCUUCCCAGUCUGGCCGGAGUGGCAGCAAGAACUCCAAGAAAAGCCAGAGUUGGUAUAACGUGUUAAGCCCAACUUACAAACAGCGGAAUGAAGACUUCAGAAAACUUUUCAAGCAACUCCCUGACACAGAGCGUCUCAUUGUUGAUUACUCAUGUGCGCUCCAAAGAGACAUUCUCCUCCAGGGCCGACUCUACCUCUCUGAAAAUUGGAUCUGUUUCUACAGCAACAUCUUCCGCUGGGAAACUCUGCUAACAGUACGAUUGAAAGACAUCUGCUCCAUGACUAAAGAAAAAACAGCCCGACUCAUUCCCAAUGCAAUCCAAGUUUGCACAGACACUGAGAAGCACUUUUUUACAUCCUUCGGGGCCCGAGAUAGGACGUAUAUGAUGAUGUUCCGGCUCUGGCAGAAUGCCCUCCUUGAGAAACCUCUGUGUCCCAAGGAGCUGUGGCACUUUGUCCAUCAGUGUUACGGAAAUGAACUAGGCCUGACCAGUGACGAUGAGGACUACGUGCCCCCAGAUGAUGACUUCAACACGAUGGGCUAUUGUGAGGAGCUCCCAGUGGAAGAGAACGAGGUGAAUGACAGCUCCUCCAAAAGCAGCAUAGAGACUAAGCCAGAUGCCAGCCCACAGCUGCCGAAGAAAUCUAUCACCAACAGCACACUGACCUCCACUGGAAGCAGUGAAGCCCCUGUCUCGUUUGAUGGAUUGCCCCUGGAAGAAGAGGUGGUAGAAGGGGAUGGUCCCCUGGAGAAGGAGCUCACAAUUGACAACAUCAUUGGGGAAAAGAUCGAGAUCCUUGCCCCAGUGAACUCCCCCUCUUUGGAUUUCAAUGAUAAUGAGGAUAUUCCCACUGAGCUCAGUGACUCGUCUGACACCCAUGAUGAAGGGGAAGUCCAAGCCUUCUAUGAAGACCUGAGUGGCCGGCAGUAUGUGAAUGAGGUCUUUAACUUCAGUGUUGACAAACUCUAUGACCUGCUCUUCACCGACUCUCCCUUUCAGAGGGAUUUCAUGGAGCAACGUCGUUUCUCUGAUAUCAUCUUUCAUCCAUGGAAAAAGGAGGAUAAUGGAAACCAGAGUCGAGUGAUUCUCUACACCAUCACCCUCACCAACCCUCUGGCUCCCAAAACUGCCACUGUCACAGAGACCCAGACCAUGUACAAAGCCUGCCAAGAAAGUGAAUGCUAUGUGAUCGAUGCUGAGGUGCUCACCCAUGAUGUGCCAUACCAUGACUACUUCUAUACCAUCAACCGUUACACACUCACCCGCGUGGCUCGAAAUAAGAGCAGACUCAGGGUUUCCACAGAGCUGCGCUAUAGGAAACAGCCCUGGGGGCUAGUGAAAACAUUCAUCGAGAAGAAUUUCUGGAGUGGGCUUGAAGAUUAUUUCCGCCAUUUAGAGAGUGAGUUGACAAAAACAGAGAGCACCUACCUGGCCGAGGUACACAGACAGUCUCCCAAAGAGAAGUCCAGCAAAGCCCCUGCUGUACGGAGGAGGAAGCGACCCCAUGCCCAUCUGAGAGUACCUCAUUUGGAGGAGGUUAUGAGCCCUGUCACUACUCCUACCGAUGAGGAUGUGGGCCAUAGGAUCAAACAUGUAGCAGGCUCCACACAGACCCGUCACAUCCCUGAAGACACCCCUCCUGGCGGCUUCCACCUGCAGAGUGUUUCCAAGCUGCUGCUCAUUAUCAGCUGUGUGAUCUGUUUCAGCCUGGUGCUGCUGGUGAUUCUCAAUAUCAUGUUGUUCUACAAACUCUGGAUGCUGGAAUAUACGACCCAGACCCUCACUGCAUGGCAGGGCCUGAGACUCCAGGACAGGGGUCUGGGAGCGCAGGACAGUCCUCUGAGCAUAACUCCAGCUGCCGGGGUGACCCUUCUUGUGCCCCACAGGUUACCUCAGUCCCAGACAGAAUGGGCCCAGCUCUUAGAAUCCCAACAAAAGUAUCAUGACACAGAGCUCCAAAAAUGGAGGGAGAUCAUCAAAUCCUCUGUGAUGCUUCUAGACCAGAUGAAGGACUCACUCAUCAACCUUCAGAAUGGCAUCAGAACCCGAGACUACUCAUCCGAAAAAGAGGAGAAGAGCAACCACUACCACUGACAAGGCAGGAACAGGAGUGACUUCAGAGGCCUGUGCAAUACAUGUACA